CUUUUCUCCUCUCUCUUCUUUUUAAUACAGUCAGUAUGGUCUUUGCGAAUUAUCUUCAAGUAGUACAACAUUGUGACAGCGUAACAUACAAUAAGGAUCAACAGGGAAUUCCAUUUCAGUUAGAGGAUGGUACGGUGGUUGGUACCUUACUUCCUCGUGUGGUUACAGCAUUGAUCACUUAUAAUAACACUAUGACACCUUCUCCUUUUCUUAUAUCUGGUACUCAUGUUCAAUUCAAUACACAUGUGACAAAUAUGGUUGAACGAACUCAAGAGGUUGCAACAUUGAUGACUCAGUGGCGAAAAGACAAGGUUUUUCCAGCAUUGGCAGGUUGGCGCGAUGAAUUAUAUGCUGUGUACGGCCCUGGAGGUGUUCCUGCAUUUGUGAUGGAACGUGCUGCUACACCUUUAUUUGGUAUUUCUACCUUUGGUGUUCAUAUCAAUGUAUUUGGUCGAGAUCAAGAUACUAUCAAAAUGUGGGUGGCUCGUCGUUCUCUUACGAAACAAACAUGGCCUGGCCUUUUAGAUAAUUGCGUUGCUGGUGGUAUCCCUUAUACAUACUCUACCAAGGAAACUGUAAUCAAAGAAUGUGAUGAAGAAGCCAGUAUUCCUGCAUCGAUAGCAGCUCAUGCCAAAAGCACUGGUGCCGUCUCAUACUAUACCAUGUCUGAGCAUGGAUUACAACCGGAAACAGAAUACGUGUAUGAUUUGGAAUUACCAACAGAUUGUCAACCAACUCCCAAAGAUGGCGAAGUGGAAUGCUUUUAUUUUUGGACUUUGGAUCAAGUCAAAGACUCAAUAUUGAAGGGAGAUUGGAAACCAAAUUGUGCUUUAGUUGCUAUUGACUUUAUGAUUCGACAUGGUCAUAUUACACCGGACAAUGAACCUGAUUUCAUCGACAUUAUGUAUCAUCUUCAUCGCAAAUUGGAAUUCCCUUCUCCCAAGAAAACACUUGAAAUCAAACAUCAACCUUAAUUAUCCAUUAUUAUAGUAUAGUCUCUGCAGUGUUAUCCCUUUUGUACGCUUGUAUUUCUUGUAUUUGAAACCACAAUAAAAGAAACGUUUUUCACCUCUCUAUGACUUUCUUUCAACUUGUCUACAUUGAUGACAGUUUGAUUUUUUUUUUGGACUGGAUACAUUAGGGAACCAAUAUAUCUUUUGUUAUUCUUUUCCUGUUGUCAAUAAAAU